AUGAAGUGGCUCGCACCAAUUAUCCUUUGCCUUUGGGCAUUAAAUCUCGACCAGAUCGAGGGAAGACAGAUCCGGAUUAAUCGUUAUGCGGUCAGUGUGCAGGAGGAUCAAGCAGCGCCAGAGGUGAAGGCAGCUCCCUAUCCUGCCGCUGGUUACCGCCCUCAAGGUCGCUCCUUCUGGCUGCCGGGAGAGGUUGAAGUUGAAGUGCAGGAAGUUCCCGUAGAGGGUUCAGGCUUGGGAUCCGAUCAGCUAACCACCACCACGGAACUGCCAGCAGAUGAUCUCUCCACCAGCACCACGGAAUCGGACUUGAGCACCACCACCAACUGGGAUUCCCUCGACACCACCACAACUCCUCCACCGGCUUUUGAGUUACGUUCGGGACGUGCCUUCGAGAAGGCUCCCUAUCCUCCAGCUGGCUAUCGUCCAAGUCGAGCUUUCCGACUGCCCACUGAGCAGGAUCCAGAGGAACAGCAGCAGAUCGCAGAUUCCCUUAAAAACAACUCUACUGGCAGCAAUGCGGAUCAUCCCGUGUGCGGGGUCAGCACCGAUCCCCUGAAGCCCACGCCUCAGCCAGGAUCCACGGAUGAACCCGAUGCGGAGAGUGUGGUGUUCACCGCCAAUCUGGGCCCUGCGGUUGUGGUGGCCAGAGCUCCAUCCUCCAUUCCUGUGGCCAUUCCUCUGCGUUCGCAGCCACUGUUGCAGGCAUCAAGGCAAAGAGGAUUCGUGUACACCACACAUGUGGAGCAGCGCUGGUGA